AAAACAUCCAAACUUCAGAGCCAAAAAAAAAUUCCUCGACUUCAGCGCAACCAACCACCAACAAAGCAACAUACCAACAUACCAACAACAACCCUACAAUCCACCAUCUUCCUAGAUUCUAAUCUAAUCCUCCUUAACUAUUUACUCUGCCUGGCGCAGACCGCGGCUUUCUCUACUUUACGGGUCUUCUUCAUCCCUCCCUCCUGACUGUGUGGCGUUUUACAUAACUAUCACACAAAAGCCUCCUCCGCCGUUCGAGCCUUCCUCACAUCUCCUCCUAUUUAUUUAUCCUUUUUUUCUGCCGGCUUCAUCUCUUCUUCACUUUUACUUCUUCACAUCUUGCGCCAGCUCACUCUGUAGAGAUUCUCCAUUCAUCUCACCCCGCGCGCACUGGUUCCUCAACACUCCGCAACUCUCUCCUCGUUUCCCCUCGACUUCACCCACCAUGGCUACCGCAACAGAGAACGGCGUCGCGGUCCCAAAACCUGCAAACGAUGAGAAUGCAGCCCCUGACGUUACUGGUGCUCAGUCAAAGCUGGGUGAUACGGUUACUGUCUUUCACGACCCUAAUAACUUCAAUGUCAAGCACCCGCUAAUGCAUGAGUGGACGCUCUGGUUUACCAAGCCGCCAAGUGGGAAGGGCGACAACUGGAACGAGCUGUUGAAGGAGGUCGUGACUUUUGGCUCUGUCGAGGAAUUCUGGGGCAUCUACAAUAACAUCACCCCUACCUCCGAACUGGGCCUGAAAGCCGACUACCACCUCUUCAAAAAGGGUGUCCGCCCGGAGUGGGAAGACCAGCAGAACAAGCACGGCGGAAAAUGGUCCUACUCCUUCCGCGACAAGAAGAAUGUCCCCAUCGACGAUCUCUGGCUACACGCCCAGCUCGCCGCGAUCGGCGAAACCCUCGAAAAUGACGAGGACAACGAAGUCAUGGGCGUCGUUGUGAACGUGCGCAAAGGGUUUUACAGAAUCGGCCUGUGGACGCGGACGGUAGGCAAGAGCACUCCUGAGGGCCGCCCGGCGGAAAAGGGCAAAGAGAUUUUGCAUGCUAUCGGGCGGAGGUUUAAGGAGGUGUUACGGUUGAAGGAGGAAGAAAUUUUGGAGUUCUCGGGACAUACGGAUAGUGCACACUCGGGAAGUACGAGGGCGAAGGCGAAAUUUACUGUCUGAGGGCUGGAAGCUGGAAGUGGGAGGUGUUUUUUUUUU